CUUUUAGAACUGGGUCUCCCGAGAAGAGGAUGUUGCCUGGUGCUGGGAUUCAUGUACAAGGAGAAGUAUCGGAGAAUGACUGAAGGACAAGCAUCUUCCUUUACGCAGCAGCCUCAGGAUCAGGUGGUGAUAGCUGGGCAGCCUGUGACUCUGCUGUGUGCAAUCCCCGAGUACAAUGGCAUUGUGCUGUGGAUUAAAGAUGGACUCGCCCUAGGAGUAGGCCGGGAUCUCUCAAGCUAUCCACGCUAUUUGGUGGUAGGGGACCAUUUGUCUGGAGAACAUCACCUGAAAAUCCUAAGGGCAGAUCUCCAAGAUGACGCCGUGUAUGAGUGCCAGGCCAUUCAGGCAGCCAUCCGAUCCAGACCAGCCCGGCUGACUGUUCUAGUUCCUCCAGAUGACCCAGUAAUUGCUGGGGGCCCGGUCAUUAGUCUGAGAGCUGGGGAUCCCCUGAAUCUCACCUGCCAUGCUGAUAAUGCCAAGCCAGCAGCCUCCAUCAUCUGGAUGCGGAACGGAGACGUGAUAAAUGGAGCCACCUACUCCAAGACGCUCCUCCGAGAUGGCAAGAGGGAGAGCAUCAUGAGCACCCUUUUUGUCGCCCCUUCCGACAUCGAGAACGGACAGAGCAUCGUCUGCCGGGCCACCAACAAAGCCAUUCCCAGCGGGAAGGAGACAUCGGUCACUAUCGACAUCCAGCACCCUCCUCUCGUCAACCUGUCCGUAGAGCCCCAGCCAGUGCUUGAGGACAACACGGUGAAGUUUCACUGCUCUGCCAAGGCGAACCCAGCGGCAACCCAGUACAGGUGGGCAAAAAAAGGCCAAGUUAUAAAGGAAGCAUCAGGUGACUCCUAUGAGACCAUUGUGGACCACACUUUCUUCUUUGAGCCAGUAUCCUGUGAGGUGACCAAUGCUUUGGGCAGUACCAACAUCAGCAGGACAGUGGAUGUCUACUUCGGUCCCAGGAUGGCAACAGAACCGCAGUCCCUCCUUGUCGACCUGGGGUCAGACGCAGUGUUCAGCUGUGCUUGGACGGGGAACCCAUCGCUGACCAUCGUCUGGAUGAAACGGGGCUCAGGCGUGGUCCUGAGCAACGAGAACACGUUAACAUUAAAAAGUGUCCGCCAGGAGGAUGCAGGGAAAUACGUCUGCCGCGCAGUGGUUCCGCGGGUGGGCGCCGGUGAGCGGGAGGUGUCUCUGACCGUCAAUGGGCCUCCCAUUAUUUCCAGCACUCAGACGCAGCACGCCCUGCACGGGGAGAAGGGACAGAUCAAGUGUUUCAUCCGCAGCACCCCGCCGCCGGACAGAAUCGCCUGGUCCUGGAAGGAGAACGUGCUGGAGUCAGGGACCUCAGGGCGCUACACGGUGGAGACGGUCAGCACAGAGGAAGGCGUCAUCUCAACGCUGACCAUCAGCAACAUUGUCCGAGCCGAUUUCCAGACCAUUUACAACUGCACCGCCUGGAACAGCUUCGGCUCAGACACUGAGAUCAUCCGGCUGAAAGAACAAGGUACGGAAAUGAAGUCAGGAGCUGGUAUGGAAGCAGAGUCAGUGCCGAUGGCAGUGAUCAUAGGCGUCGCCGUGGGGGCCGGCGUGGCGUUCCUGGUGCUCAUGGCCACCAUCGUAGCGUUCUGCUGCGCACGCUCGCAGAGAAAUCUGAAGGGUGUGGUUUCAGCCAAGAACGAUAUCCGCGUCGAGAUUGUGCAUAAGGAGCCUGCUGCAGGCAGGGAGACAGAGGAACACCCAACGAUCAAGCAGCUCAUGAUGGACAGAGGUGAGUUCCAGCAGGAUUCUGUCCUCAAGCAGCUGGAGGUGCUGAAGGAGGAGGAGAAGGAGUUCCAGAACCUGAAGGACCCCACCAAUGGCUACUACAGUGUGAAUACCUUCAAGGACCACCACUCCACCCCCACCAUCUCCCUCUCAGGCUGCCAGCCAGACCUGAGGCCUGCCAACAAGCAGCGGGUGCCCACGGGCAUGUCCUUCACCAACAUCUACACCACGCUGAGCGGGCAGAACCGGCUCUACGACUACAGCCAGCGCUUCGUGCUGGGCAUGGGCAGCAGCUCCAUCGAGCUGUGCGAGCGGGAGUUCCAGCGGGGCUCCAUGAGCGACAGCAGCUCCUUCCUCGACACGCAGUGCGACAGCAGCGUCAGCAGCAGCGGCAAGCAGGACGGCUACGUCCAGUUCGACAAGGCCAGCAAGGCCUCGGCCUCCUCCUCCCACCACUCCCAGUCCUCGUCCCAAAACUCAGACCCCAGCCGGCCCCUGCAGAGGAGAAUGCAGACACACGUGUGAGCUCCAGGGGGUGGGCAGGGACGGAGGGCCAGGGGGCCAAGACAUGGGACGCUGAGGAGCCCCCAGCAGGUGGGAGCUGCUGAAGUGAGCUUGGCCCAAGCUUUAGUCCGUUUCUAAUGAGUUUAUGUUCCAAAGCACUUUUGUCCGUAGUAGAACUACACCCCAUGGCUCCUGUGGGGUGCCGGGGGGAAGAAGGGGUGCCAUUGGCAGCUCUGUCCUCCCUGAAGACUUGCAGUCUCCUGCUUGGCCCAGUUGGGCAAUGUCUACUUGGGGCCAUUGUGGGGGGAAGACUAUGGCAGCCGAGACCAAACCAAUUCAAGCACAAACCUGUUUCCUUCAUGACGAAGGCUGGACCUGGAGGCUGUGGGAAGGGGGAAGGGGCACGUCUCGCUGCAACCUUGGCACUCAGCCCCCGACCAGAAACCAGAAGCCUCUUCCAGGGCGUUUUCCUCGGUGCCUCCUUUGGGGAGAGAGACACCUGCCAUGCAUGCCCUGAAGAGUCCUGGGAGCACGCAGUGAACCCCUCUGGAGUGCUUUGGGGAGGGGGGGCAAGAACCAACCAGACCUCUAGUCCCCCUCCUCACAAGAGCCUUCUGGUCUUUCAGCACGUACUUCACUUAACACGAGCCCUCAGCACCUGUUGGGCCACUGGCUUGGGGGGCUAGCAGGACAGAGGCCUCCCCACAUCCUGCACAGAGCCACACCUGCUACACCCCGUUGGUUCCUCCCGCUCUCUACCACCUGGCUUUUCCUCUCUUCUGCAAGCCCUCCCACGGGGACUGCGUGCCCGCUGGGGAGCCGAUGAGGGAGUCGCCUCAGAGGCCUUCCCCAGGGCGCCCUUCCUCCCAACUUCCCGUGUAUCGCCGGAGGAGGACGUUCCAGAACACCCGCAGCUCACACACACACCCCCGACACACCCAUCCCGUCGCUUGCAAUCCCGUGACUCAGCGCCGUGGUUUCUGACCCCGAGAGGGUGUUGCUUCAUUUAAGACCGUGCAACAGAACCGUGCCAGGUGUUGGUGUAAUAUAGGCGCCCUGACACUGCUCAAUCGGGUUUUCUUCUGUCGUUUGGUGUUCAGUGUCCAUCAUACUACAGUGUGUCUGCGGAGUGAUCCGGCGUGAGGGGUCCUCCCAGCUGCUCCACCGCAGAACACGUGCACCGGGGGACUCUGCCACAAGCCAGGAACUGUUGGCGGACACAGCCCACUGGAGGACUGUCCUUGCUGGAGUUAGGUGUGACAGUCACAGAGAGGACCCUCCCAACAUGGGGUCCGCACACCAGCCCAGAGCAAUUUCUUACUGCUGCUUGUGUAUUGCCCCGAUAGCACAACUGGAAGAUUAAUAUAAGAGGUGUAACAAGCCCAUCUGUGUCUGGUCCCUUUCGGGUUCUUUGGAAGCUAUGAAAUAAACACGUCCAUCCUGGGAGGGCAUGUACACCCAAGGUCACACUGCUUCUGUGCUUUUCAGCGUGUUGGUCUCCACGGGUCAGGCCUUGCUGUUUGUGGCUGGGUCAGAUUUGGUAUGGUAUUUUUCCCUCAUAGUGUGAAAAUCUCAUAACUUAGCUCUAGGGAUUGGGCCUGGACAAUUGUUCUCAUUUAACUUUCCUAUGGCAGAGCUCAAGCCCCGUUGUGCCAGGUGCUGUACACACACAGAGGCUCCUAGGCAAAAUAGAGAGCCAUGGCUGACCACUGUGCUUUGGUGGGUGGGGAAAAUUCAAGCCCACCCUAGUACUGGACAUGGGCUAAAAUGAUGGGGGAAGAAGAUGGAACUUCUGACGGGUCAGAGGUUUGUUGCACUGGCAGACGCUUCUGGGGGGUUGGGCAGACACUUCUGGGGGGCGCUGUCUUGCCUCCCAUAGGAAAUAACAGGGCAGAAUGUGACCCAGUUGUACUCUUAAGCCAUGUUUACUAAAGCAGAGCCACAGCACAGCC